AUGUCUCGUAUUGACUUUCACGACUUUAGCUAUCCUCCAGGUGUGGCGUACUCUCGUUCAGCCGUAGAAAUCGACCACCGCAUGUCUAAUCACUACCCUCCCAAUUCUCCUACCCAUCCUUCAGGAGAUCGACGCAUUUCCAACGGAUUAGGUGUCUACCUUCCCAACACGAGCAAUUCGGCAUUAAUACCCCACUCUAUUGGUAUUCAUCCAGACAAGGAAUACAGCAGUAUUGGAAUAAUCCCAGAAGCAUUUCAAGUCGCCCCAAAUAGGCACACAUCUACCCAACACUUCUCAUCCUCUAACCACCACCGUCCUCCUCCCGUCCCCCACAGCAGCUCGCCCGCCGCUCUCUCUAUCAACACCACUUACUACAACGCCCCCUCCGACGCUGAGCGUGAAGGGUAUCUACAACGCCAGCUUCAAUUGCUUGUCCCGUCAAGUGAUCUUGCUCUGCCUGCCAACUCCAACCCUGGCCCAAACGUACUACGCUCUACUCUCUGGUGGGGCGAGCUCGAACCUUGGAUGGACGAAGAAUACGCAAAACAGGUUUGUGCUCUGAUGGGUUGGGACCCAGUCACCGUCAAAGUUCCAAACCCCGUCCCAGACACUGUCGCUCCUCAACCGACCAACAACUCUGGUUACUGCUAUCUCACGUUCCCCUCGCCAGCUAUCGCUUCUUCUGUUCUCAACCAAGUUAACGGCGGCGGGAGUACGCAGCCAGUCACUAUGCCAAACUCGAACAAACCCUUUGUUCUUAACUGGGCUUCUUCUGUUCCUGCCGGUUCAACUACGCCUUCUUUCCAAACAGCUGGUGUAAUUGUCCCUACGGCACAACCACAGUUCCCGAAAGAGUACAGCAUAUUUGUUGGUGAUCUUGCGCCAGAAACAUCCAAUUCAGACCUUGUGGCCGUGUUUCGAAAUCCAGUUCUUGGCCUACGGAAUGAUCGCGAGCCCAAGUUCAUUCGACCUUUCUUGAGUUGCAAGAGUGCCAAGAUCAUGCUUGACCCUGUAACUGGUAUAUCGCGAGGGUAUGGCUUUGUACGAUUUACCGAGGAAGCGGACCAACAGCGUGCGCUGAUAGAGAUGCAUGGCCUAUAUUGCCUUUCACGCCCAAUGCGAAUAUCUCCUGCCACGGCUAAAUUCAAGCCGCCUCCUAUGCCGACGGAUCUUCCCCAAAUUCAGUUUCCUGGUUCCCCUACUUCUGAUCAGCGCCCAAAUACAGUGACUGUAGCUCUCCCGCUCGGUCAGCCAAGGAGCGUGUCUGCACCUAUGGCAGCUUCGACGAGCGCUGGAUCUUCGUCUUCGUUGGCCGGCGUGCCCAGUGGUUCCUCCGCUUCGGGGUCAACGUUGAGCAGCUCGAGUUCUAUUCCUUCGCUUGGAUCCGAGGUCAGCACAACUACAUCUUCAGGAGCCUUGUCUUCGAUGCCGUCGGAUGAGAUGCUUGGUCUCCCCAACAAUGUUCUUGCCCUCGCUCACCAAUAUGCUAACGGUGGCUCCAUCAAUAACGCCAAAGGCAUCGUUCCUUCUGGUUCGGCGCAUGACUUACAAGAUCAUUCUGGGGCACCGCGGUACAUCAUCUCCGAAGAGUCAUGGAAACACCACGCUCAAGCGCGUGCCAUCCUUGGCAACCUCAUCGGACCGAAUGGCGAGCAGCUCACUUCUACCGACCCCUACAACACUACUGUUUUCGUCGGUGGGUUGUCGCCUUUAAUUUCUGAAGAGACCUUGCGGACGUUCUUUACACCGUUCGGCGAGAUUCACUACGUGAGAGCUUUAUUUUUGUACUAUUGGUGGGAGGCUCAUGUAGCCGUAUCUGUGCAGGUGAAGGUGCCCGUCGGCAAACAUUGUGGCUUUGUUCAGUUCGUUCGAAAGGCUGAUGCAGAGCGGGCUAUCGAGAAGAUGCAGGGAUUUCCUAUCGGAGGGAGUAGAAUUCGGUUGAGCUGGGGUAGAAGUCAAUAUAAAGCUGCGCAAGCCGCCGCCCAGGCAGCCCAGGCCGCUGCACUCCAAGCCCAGUUCCAGGCUCAGAUGGCAUCUACGCAGGGCCAGGUUGCUCAGAGUCAGAUGACGCCAGAACAGGCGAUUCAACUCUUGCAGAGGCUUGGUCUGUCAGGCCAAGGUCAAUCGGGUGGUGGAAGUGAUGCAUCGAACUAUUAUAUCGACGCUGCGAAAGGCAGUGGAUACUCUGAGGAAAAACUAAGGUCGCUCAUCAUGAACCAACCACUCUCUGACAGUCAACUGCCGUACGAUGUAUAUUCAGGGGGGUCCGGACCUCGCCCACCAUCAAACAUGAGUUCUGUGGAACAUCAUAGAUCGCAUCUCACGUCCACGUUCUCUCCUUUCUCCCCGGACCCGAAUAUGUACACGCGGAGAGGUUCCGACAGCUACGAUCUGCUGCCCCAUUCCAUGAACCACGCGUCGCGCUAUGAUAGCAUUAUGGAAUUUAAGGCUGCAGCUUCCCAUUCCAAUGAGAGACCCGUUCCCCCUGUACGUACGCCAAGUGGGUCCCAGCGAUAUGCUCCAUUCCUAGAUGGCUCUGCCAAGGCGUUUGAGGCUGGGCGUUGCAUGACGCGCCAAGAACCAAUCUCUCGGCCGAAUUCCAGCCAGACAUCAUCACAAGGACGUUCGAGUCAGUACGAUGUGCAGGAACACGAUCCCAUCCACGAUCUUAAUGGCACGCUUGCAAGCCUGGAUUUGGACCAGCAUAACACGCAUCCGUCGUCGUCUUGA